AUGGCUCCUAGUUUCGAUAAUGAAACCUCGCUUUUUAACUUUGUCGUCCGUGAUGGAAAUGGCGUCAAAGGAAUUGUGGACUUGGGUAUAUCAAAGGUGCCCCAGGCUUACAUUCAACCACCCGCCGAGCAAAUUAAUAAAAAAAAUGCGAGCAAAUGUGAGAUACCACCUAUCGAUUUGUCGAAGCUCGAUGGCCCUGACCAUGAUGAAGAGGUCAACCAAAUUGUUAGAGCUGCUGAGACUCUUGGAUUUUUCCAAGUUGUCAACCAUGGAGUACCAACAGAACUACUCGACUCCCUUAAGCAGACUGCACAUAACUUCUUUGGAUUGCCUCCAGAGAGAAAGGCUGUUUAUCGAAGAGAGGUGAGUCCAUCCCCAUUAGUGAAGUAUGGAACGAGUUUUGUACCUGAGAAGGAGAAAGCAUUGGAAUGGAAAGACUAUAUUAGCAUGGCUUACACCAAUGAUGAUGAAGCUCUUCAACAGUGGCCUGUAGAGUGCAGGGACGUUGCUCUUCAAUAUUUGAAGACAUCACAUGAGAUGGUGAGGAAAUUGCUCGAAGCUUUGCUGGGAAAUCUAGGAGCGGAGCUAGAUGACUCCAAGAUUGAUGCAUUCAUUGGAAAAAAGAUGGUUAAUAUGAACUUUUAUCCAACAUGUCCUAAUCCUGAGCUCACAAUCGGUGUAGGACGCCAUUCCGAUAUGGGUACUCUUACAAUCUUAUUACAAGACGGAAUUGGCGGUUUGUUUGUAAAAGUCCCGCAAGAUGUAAACAUGGAAAAGAAGGGAGAGUGGGUAGAAAUCCCUCCUAUUCCUGGUGCUUUAGUCAUCAAUAUUGGUGAUAUGUUACAGAUUUGGAGUAAUGGAAGGUACAAAAGUGCAGAGCAUAGAGUUCGCACCACAAGUACAAAAUCAAGAGUGUCAAUACCAAUAUUUACAAGCCCGCAACCAACUCAAAAGAUUGCACCACUACCCCAAGUGGUGGAGAAAGAUGGAGUAGCUCGUUAUAAAGAAUUUUUGUUUUCAGAUUACAUGAAUAACUUCUUUGGGAAUGCACAUGACGGCAAAAAAUCUCUUGAGUUUGCAAAAACCAACUCUGCUUGAAGUGGAAGACUUGUGCCAACUUACUCUUUCAACUACUGGGGUUUUUAGGACAUCUAUUAUAAAUUAUUGGCUUUAGGACAAAUGCUCUCAUGUGAUAACAAAGUAAAAGAUUAUGAUGUUUCCAUUUAUUCUUUCUACAUUCUUUUUGAAUAAAAAAUAACUUAUG